UGGCGGAGGAGGAGGUCUUUCGAAAAGAAAAUGACACGCCGAAUCGAGGUGUUUCAUCUAGAUUUCAAUCAAGACCAAGGUAAAACCUUAAAGCAUCCAUUCGCAGAUUCCAUAUAACACGAUAAACCUGUAAUCAAGAACAGCGAUUGAAAUUUCGUGGGCCGGAAUGCUAGCAGUAGUCAUUUCACUUUUAAGAAAACUGAAAUUAUCUGGCCUUCACUCAAUUUUUCCAAAACGCUGACGAAAAAGCAUUUAUCUAAAAAUAUUCCUCGUUUACUUUAUUUCUCUGGCAUUUGCGGUAAGAAUACAUGGAUUUGUCAAAUUAUUAAAACGUUCUUUUACGUGCACUUGCUUGGCCUGAGCCGUUUGUUAUUGACAAACAAAAUAAUAGUAAUUAUUAUUCUCUACUAACAUAUCCAGGUUGCUUUUCUUGUACAAUGGAGGGUGGUUUUAGAAUUUACAACGUGGAACCUCUUUCAGAAAAAGCCCGUGUUGGUGAGUCUCUUAUUACUACAAUGGUUAUAAUAUGUUUUAUUUAAAGCAUAAACAUUCAAACAAAAUGAUAAUCCUCAAAGAGUCAAUCCCAUUGCAAAGGAUGGAAGGGAAAAAAAUUUAACUGGCAAAACAUCAAAAUCCUUCUAAGCCAUACACCUUCAAAACCAGCAUGGACUCAUUGCAGCAAAGUUGUCUACUCAAAGACCUUAAUUCAUUCGUUUUAUAUUCUGGGCCAGCAGCAAGACUACAACUGGAGAGGCCAAACAAAUCGCCGGACUCAAAGCUACAUGUAUCCUCUCACCCUACCCCCUUUUUCAAAAAGUACAUAACAAGUACGGCUGGGUUUUUGCGGGAGAAUCCAAAAACGGAUUUGUGAUCUCAGAUCAUAUGGAUUCCUCACUACCAAAAAACGGAAGAUCUGAAAAAGGAUCAUUUACCAUGACAGCGGCAUGUCCUCAUGCUCCUUGUGAUGAGAAAAAAUAGAAGGAAAAUAGAGGGAAAAAAGAACAAACUGAUCUUCACCACGAAGACAAGAAGGAAAAGCGACAUAAACUAAGUAUGAAUAUACAAAAUGUACAUAUUUCGGUUUGAAACACAAACGUUUCUCAAAUUGAAUGCACCUUACGAUAGUUAAAUUAUAAGAAUUUAAAACUGAAGCCUAUGAACUUUUUCUUUAAUCACUUAAGCAGACUCUACAUAUACCCUAUACAAAAAACAUGUCAAGUAAGAGUUUAAUUUAAACAGGCUACAAAUGUAAAAGGAUGACUAACAUGGAAUGAUAUGUAACUUAUGGCUCAAAGUUAAGGCGCUACCAACAUACAUAGGUUCAGUUAGAAUGUCAUGCUUUUUGUUCAGAAAACCGCCUGUCAAAAAUACAUUUUUUCAAAUUCUUUUCCAAAAAAAAUGCUCAGAUUGUGAAUCUCAAAAAUCUGAAUUUGGGUUUUCCCAAAAAAACUGCACCCUAGGUCAGGGAGCAUUAAGAUUCAUGUCAGAUAGAUUCUGAUAAAGUCAUGAUGCCACAGUGUCUUGUGUCAACUUUGGUUAAAAGGACUCCUUAAUGAAACUUAAGCAAACAUUUAAAAAUAUAAUGAAACUCCCCCCAGAUAUCUAUGCGAACAGACAACAAAUAAAACUGGAUAUACCACUUGUUUGGCAUGAAGAGAGUGUCAUUUCACAAUGGUGUGUAAAAAUCUAUCAAAAUCCAAAAGAAAUAAAGCUCUCUGCAAGGUGUUCGAAUUCAUUGGGCGUCGGAGAUUGGAGAAUAUUCCGUUCACUACGCAGAAUUCUCCGGCUAAUGUUCAAUAGCCAAUGACAAUUUUUAUACAGUUGUGGGGACUCUUUCAAAAUAUUCUCCUGUAAUGUUACACCUUUGUCCCGCUACUAAAAUUCUUAAUGAAAACACUGUCUCUUCCCACCCAAACCUGCCAACAAAAUGGUAACGGUCCUGGAAGAAAACAGGAAUGCAGCAAAUUAAAAUGGUGGUCAAUGCAGAACUCAUGCAGUGAGCAGCAUGUAACUUAGUUGGCAAGGGAUACCUUUUAAAUGUGUCAGAUGACCAGUUCCCAAAAACUUGAAUGUGUUCUCCAGGAAUUCCAUUCUGAGAGGCCUAAUUCACCCUUCUGUUCCCCGACAAAAAAAGGGCCUCUGAUAUGUCUGCACCUGAGGAACACACACAAACGCUAAACUCUGAUGAAAUACCUGAAAAAACUGUUGCUUAGUGACCAGAGAAAGAAAACUGGCUAUGGAUAUAAUAACAUACGUGGGGGCAUGGGCGGGGCCAGAGUGAAAGCCCACAUGGUGAAGCAUCUUUAUGGAACACAAGGGCAAUUUGAGAGGGACACAGUCUAUAUUCUGCAUUCACUCAUGCACUCAUUCAUGUUUACAAUUCUUGUCACAGCCUACUCUAUCAAACAACCACGUUUUGUCAGCCCUGUUAUUCACUUUAAGACGGAAACCAUCAGGAAAUUGAGUAAUUUCAAUUUUCAGUGCCUCUGGACAAAAACCUUGUACCAGAAUAAUUUAAACAGUAUCACAUUGUUUUUUACAUUUUUCAAGGGCUGUAGAUAUAAUUAAUUACCUGUAAUAACACCAAAGACUAUUUCUCGUGGGAGCUCAAGAAAAUAAAUGUCAAAUUUCACAAGAAUUGUGAGAACACGGGUAAAUUCUGAAAAUUUCAUGUGUAAGAUGUCAUUUUGUGAAAUUUGACAUUUAUUUUCUCGGGCUGUCCUAAAAAAUAUCCUUGGUGUUAAUAUUACAGAUAACUAAUUACAUUAUAGCCCUUGAAAAAAUGUAAAAAAGAAUGCAAUAUUUUUUUAAUUAUUCUGGUACAAGGUUUUUGUCCACUGAAAAUUAAAAUUACUCAAUUUCCUGAUGGAUUUCGUCUUAAACGUCUUACUUAACCAAAGAGAGAGCGUACACGUGAACCUAAAUUUUUACCAUCUAGCUAUAGAGUAGCUGUAAUUUGAUGGAGAAAGGUUUGACGCUGUAAUAAAAAUGCUUGACUGUUACAAAUGAUUGUCAGAUAAUAAGUUAAUGUAAUUUGCAGAUUUGAAUGAGCCAUUCCAGGCAUCCCAGACUCAUAUGUUACAUAGAUGUAACUUGAUAGCUAUUGUAGGGACAGGGCCAGGUGCUAAAUUUUUCAACGACAAAGGUAAUCUUAAUUUCUUUAUCUGAUUUACUUGAUGACAAUAUUGAUUGUUAAAUUAAAAUUUAAUUUAACAAUCAAUAUUUAAUAUUGUCCAAGGUACUCAAUGAGAAAGAAUUUAUGAUUUGUGUAUGAUGCUUUAGUCGCUCCUUAUUUUGAUUAUUGCUCCAAAGUCUGGGAAUGUAUGGGAAAAGGCCCGUGUGACAGACUCCAGAGAUUGCAAAAUAGGGCUGGGAGAAUUAUAACAUUUAGUGAUUAUAAUACAAGAUCUGCGGAUAUCCUCCAAGACUUGAGAUGGGAUACCCUUGAGCAAAGACGCUCUAAAUAGCUCGCAAAAAGUGUUUUUAAAUCUCUAAAAUUAACUGUUACCCUGAGAGUUUAAAGAACAUGUUUAAACCAACCUCCGGGGUUCAUUCCUACAACAUGCAAGGUGCCUUGAACAACAUUUUUGUACCAAGGCCCCGUACUGAAGCUGCUAAGCGAGCUUUUAGCUAUAGGGGAGCAGUCAUGUGGAAUGGCCUAGAAAAUGUGCUUAAAGACGAGAUAAAUCUCAACUCUUUCAAGUCUGCCCUGUCUUUGUCUUGAACCAGAGAUUGCCUUGAGGGAGUUGAGAUAGAAUUUAUUUUAGUUAUAUAAUGUACCUUUAAGGUUGAUUGAUUUUUGUGUAAUUAAUUAUAGGAUAGAUAUUUUUCCAAAUAUAUAGAUAUAUUAUUUUUAGCAUUAGUGUAGUUUCUCUGAAAAUUGUGUUAUGUAAACGGCUCACUGGAAGAGCAUUUUUAAUGAAGUGAUACCGUAAAUAAAGCUUGAUUGUUGUUGUUGUUGUUACAUUUUGUACACUUUCUAGUUUAUAUCUGGGAUGAUGUGCAGAAAAAGCUGGUGAUUGAACUUACAUUUGGCUGCCCUGUUAUGAGUGUCAGGAUGAGAAGAGAAAAGUAUGUUGUUACACGUAAAUGUACAUUGUAAAACAUCUUGUUAUUAUUCAUAAUACGGUCAAACCCAACUUUACAGACACCUGCUUAAUCCCAACACCUUAUUAUUAUGGACAGUUUUCUUUGUAAUUAUUAUUCCUGGGGGAAGACCAUUUUUCUCUAAAUUCAACCAGCUUAAUAUGGACAUCUGUUAACGCGCGCAACAGACAGCUGUUUCUUGCCCAAUCAACAGAUUCUCAGAGAAAGUCAACCUCGCUAAUGCAGACUCUCCAUUGUAAACUGUGUGCUGUAAUAAGUUUACCUUUCCUUUUUGAACCUUCAGUUCACAGCAUGUCAAUGUUCCCUGAUCAGCACUACCGUACACUGGAUAGGACAAAUUUCAAACAUUAAUUUCAGACUAUUUUGGCAUUGAACAAGUUAUGCAGAGAACAUUUUUUGAGGAAGUAAUGUAUAAAUCAGCAACUUCUGAGUGUUUUUGUGGACAUGGUCCGCAAAAUGAUGGCUUUGUAAAGGUUACAGAUGUUUAAUUUGAUGGUGUUAAUGUCCUGUUAUAUUUCUUUAACAUUUGUUCAAAUAAAAGGUGUAUUUUUAGCUUAAAUAACAUGACCCACUUAACAUGGACACCCUGUUAAUACAGGACUGUAAUGAUAAAUAAAUAUUUAAAAUUACAUUAAUAUUGAUACUUUUAAAGUAGCAACUGAAUAAUACUAUUAUACCAACUUUAGAAGUGCUGGAAACACAUGCAGGUCUUUUUUCUGUUGCUGCUUGAAUGUGGAACAUGCUUACAUCCUGUAUAAUAUUUUAAAUGUUUGUUAUCUUUGUGUUAUGAAAUAGGUUAUUUGUGGUGCUCAAGACAAGAAUCCAAGUGUUUUCAUUUCCAAAGGAUCCCAAACUUUUGUUUUACUUUGACACAAAAGAAAACCCCAAAGGUAAGACAGUUUUAUUAAUUUUAAGGCAACAAAGUACAUGUACUCAUGCAUUAGAUAUCUUGGUGGAAGGAAUGUAACAAUAUUGGAAUUUCAUUUUCGUAUAUUUCAGGCUGUGAUUAUUAACUUGCCAUUUGUCACAUAUUUAUUGAUACAAUUCACCCCAAGGCACACUACAACAACCUCCGUGAUGUCCUUGUACAUAUACUUUGCACCGCAGCCAACUCAGUUUUCAUGCUGGUACAAAUCCAUGCUUGCACGCUCACUGUCACACUUGCCGGUUAAAGUUUCCAGUGACAUCAACAUUAGUGGCCCUCAAUGCUCUUUUGUCAUCAAGAAGGCAUUUUCUUGCCAAACGUCUGGCUUGGUCUAUUGCACCUCCUGUUGCCAGUAAUCUCUGUUACCAACAUCGGCGAAACAAGGUGGACACAAAGACAACAGUUUGGCGAACACCUUUGAAGCAUAAAGAAGAACAUGCCUGGUUUCCCUGUCAUGGAUCAUUUUAACAUGGCUGGUCACUUAAUCCACAAGGCUCUAGUUUGUGGAAUUACAUGUAUCCUCUGCAGGGAAAAUGCGCAACACUGAGAAGCGCCUGGAGAUGUACCUUAUUUUUCAGCUUGGCACCAGCCAUCCACGCGGCUUAAACUCUGACUUCUGUUUCCUUUAGGCUGUGUGCCCACUGCAAAGAUUUUAUAUUCUCUUUCCUGGUGUAUGCAAACGUCAAAGUUUCCAACGUACUUGUAACACCACUGAUGAAGGACCAGGCCCGAAAUAUUUGGAAAGGAACUCAAACCACAAGAUGGCACAGUUUUUGUUCAUUAUUUUAUGUUGAACAUUCUCUCACUUACUUUCUAAAGUGCCGCAAAGUUUAUCCGAAUUUUUUUCUGUUAUUUGUUUAAUAAUAUUCAUUUGGCAUUCCAUCCUGAAUGCUCAUGGUCAAAGUGAUACCAAAAUCUGAAAUUAACACCCCUAAAUGAGAGAACAAUGAUCCCUGCCCAUUCUAUAUUGGUGUAUUCUCCUCCCCCGGAUUAGCUUAUUUAAUUCACCCAUCAACUAAGCUUAAACUGCAAGGAGGAUCUCUGCAGGUACAUGUUGUAUACUGUAAAUGACCUAAUAAAAUUAAUGCCCACUUCCAAUUAAAUGUCUCUUUUCUAAUAAAUGCCCUCCGUACGCUGUUAAAAUUGUAUUAGAUGCCCCUCUCUAAUAAACGUCCCCUGUCUGUUAGACGCCCCCUAUGACAAUUACUCCAAAAUACUAGAAAAUAGCAAAAAGGAGCAAAAUCAUUCAAUUGAUUCACUUUCUUUCUUGAUUAACAAGGGGUUUCCAUAUUUUAUCUUGUUCAAUGUCAAGUUUAACGUAAGGACAGACUAAAAGAGCGAGAUGGAUUUCUAGAUCCCCUAGAUGGAGUGGAUAUUCCACUUUUUUCAAGCUCUCUUGAUAUUUUUGCCGAAACCAUAUUAGUUUUGUUGAGCUUGUUACAGUAAUGAGCCCACCUCUCUCUUUUAAAUGCCUCCUAUCUAUUAAACGCCCCCACUUGCACCCCUAAUUAACAAUUAUUCCUAGAGCCCGAAUGGGCUCUAAGUCAAAUGAGCUAUUGACUCAGAGGCCAUGAGGGCAAGAGGAAUAAUAAUUAUUGUUUUAGUAAAAAUAAUCCAACUAGUUGGUCAAAAAUAUCGAGAAUAAAAGAAUUUUAGCUACUUAAGGCUAGACUUUAAUCCUUUUUUGCCGCCAAAAAGCGCGCACUUUUCGCUACUAGUAGGCUAUAACAUAUAGCCUAGUAGUAGCUCAACCAAUCAGAAUGCAGCAUUGAUAAUAGACCACUAGUUUGAUUUUACUAAAAUUAAAUAGACGCCCUGGGCAUUUAUUAGGUCAUCUACGGUAGUUGACUGACUCACUUAAAACAACUGAAUCCCAACUUUCAUGUAGAAAAGUUGUUUGUGAUUGAGCUAAAGUAACAAAACUUUGACAAAUUAACCUAUUUUGCCUUGCAGGUCUUUGCGAAGUGUGCCCAAGUACAGAAAGACCCUUGAUGGUUUUUCCAUCGCAGAAAUGUGGCAGUAUACAGCUUGUGGUAUGUACUUGAUAUCUUGACUACUUGCACAAGUUGCCAUGGCAGCUAUGGAGGGUCAUGUGACACAGUCUUGUUAUGUUGUUACCUUUGAGAGUUAAUCAGAAUUUGCUUGUAUUGUUUUGUUUUUUUUUACUGUAGUAGCAGAGUGUUUUUAUGCUUGUAGGAAUCUCCCAGAUUUUGGUUAUGGCAAUUUUAAAUGUGUGUUUCCUAUAAUUUGAUCUUACACAUGGCAUAUGAAAAUUAACAUUUGAAACAUAUCUGGCAUAAUACAAUGUAAGUGUAAGUUUAUAGUUUGUUUGUAACUUUGUUGACAUUUUUAAAACCUAGAUUUUCACACUCGUUCUCAUUCUAGGACCUUACAAACAGACAGCCUGACACCUCCACAGCACCCUUCACUAUCAAUGCUCACCAAGGCGAGCUGGCAUGCCUGUCCAUUAAUCAACAGGGAACCCAGGUUGCUACGGCCUCUGAAAAGGUGAGAUCUCACAGUUUUACCAUGAUUACUCAAUAAAUGCAGGCCUACAAGGGGAACUCUGCAGUUAAAUUACUCGCCCACAGCUCAUGGUUCUUCUCUAGUUUUGAAUGUUUCAGUAUCAUUUCUUUGGUCUAUAAGAGUGUAGACUGUGGAAAAAUGUUUUCCAUUUGUUAAUUGCCCCGUUUUGCCAACUUUUAAAAAACUCCCUUCCCAUUCAAAUCUCUGUCUGCUUUUGUAACCUCUCUGUGCACUGAAGAGUGUAAACCUCCAGCCAACAUAACUUCUGUGUACGACAAAAUUGAAAAGGAACCCCUGUUUAGGUGGAGCACUAACCCCCACUCUGCAAAAAACCUCAUCCAUAAGCUAAUAAGUCUCCUUUUGUAUUCACACUGUCUUGUUUCUUUCCAUCUUCCCCCCCCCCCCCCCCCCCCCCCCCCCCCCCCCCCCCCCCCUCCCCCCUCCAACACCCCUAAAACCACAAAAAAUAUCAAAAACCUCAUCAAACAUCUAAAAACAAUAUCUUUUUUUUUUUUUUUACAACAAAAGUUACCCAAAAAAGAAACCCCUUUUGUGGGGGGCCCCAACCCCCCCCCCUCCAAAAACCCCUCCCCCAAAUCAAAUAAUUCCCCUUUUUUUUUCCCCCUGUUUUUUUUUUUUCCCUCCUCCCCCCCCCCCCCCCCCCCCCGCCGCCAACCCAUCCGAUCUUACUUCUUAAAAUUAUAGUAAAACCUACAAGUUGUAAUGAUACCUGACACAACUUUGAAACUCGAAUUGUUUUGUUCUUUAUAAAGGGAACACUGAUCCGUGUAUUUGACACACAAACUAAGAACCUUCUUGUAGAGUUACGACGAGGAGCUGAUCCCGCUACUUUAUAUUGGUAAGAAUUUUAACUUCACUGUUUUACUUUGAUUCCUACCAUGGCUGUACGGUUGAAAUUAUCUUAUCUUUCCAUGCUAUUCUUAUCCAAAGAAGCUCAGAGAUCAGUCUCUGGUGGGAGGGAGGGGGUGGGUCCUGAUCCCGCAUUCCCUCUUCUUUUCCACGAAAAUCCUGCAUUCCGGCUAUUUUUCUUUUUUAUCGCUUACCCGAAUUCCUCGUUUGUUUUCAAAAACAAUAAUAAUAAUGUUUCCUAAAACAACAAUAAUAAUAAUAAUAAUAAUAAUAAUAAUAAUAAUAAUAAUAGUAAUAAUAACUUGAACGCAAUAGAGCUGACCUUGUUGCAGCAGACAAACAACAAGCAGCUUGCCAAAUUAUUGAUGUAGCUGUAUCAAGGGAUGCUAGGCUAGAAUAGAAGGGGAAAGGGAAAAUUGAAAAAUACCAAGACCUGGCAAGAGAAUUGAGAAAACUGUGGAAGGUCAAAACAAGGGGUGUACCUAUUGUUAUCGGGGCAGGUGGGACUAUCCAAAAUGGAUUAGUUGGCCAUCUUGAAAGCAUAGGGGUGUAUCUUGAUGUGGCUCACGAAUCCUCCGACGGGUUCUCGACUACUAAGUUUGCAGGAUGUGACUUGUGUCGGGAACUGGUCACCGGUUGAGCACUGAGAGUUUAUACAUCAUAAUCAUCAUCAUAAAAGUAAGGCACACUCUUUAGUUUUAUUUAAAAGCAGACAGCACUUAAUGCGCGCCUGGUUGAUUCGCAUUUACCGCUCAAACGUAUGAUUUCCCGAAUUCCCAACAUUCAGACAAAAAAAAAUCCCACAUCCCGUGUUUCAAUUCUGGCGAAUCCCGCUUCCCAGGUAGAUGUAAAAUCCCCUUUUCCCGUUAAGAUAUCUUGCGUUUUCCCGAAUCCCACACCGUAUUUCCGUCAAAUCUUAGAUCCCGAAAAUGCCCUUCCAGACCCUGAAAGAUGUCCCAUUCAGAAUCACAAGCUUUCCUGGAACCUCACAGAACUAAUAGCAAAUUUGUAUGGGUUUCUGUUGCAGCAUUAACUUCAGUCAUGAUUCAGCAUUUCUUUGUGUAUCCAGUGAUAAAGGAACGGUUCAUAUAUUCGCUUUGAAGAAUACUGCUUUGAACAAAAGAUCAAGGUAUUUUUUAACGGAUGUAUAACGUUAAUGAAAUGUUUUGGACAUGUCUGUUUUCUACAAAUUUUUGAGAACUUUGAUGGAUUGUUCGUGUAUAUCAUGAGGAACCAAUCACAGAGAUGUUUUGAAGCCGGAGUCAUUCUAUUAGGAAAUUUCACUUAUAAUCCGUUGAUUUGCUUUGCAUCGCUUCGCCUCCAAGACAGUUUGGAUUUUGAAGGGUUCAGUAUUAUAUACAGCUCAACAAAAUUGUAAUAAAAUUGGAGAAAAAGCCAAAAGCUGUCAAAAACUUUGUUAAGUGAAAUCGGCAGCGCGUCAUCGCUCAAAGGUGGAAGAGUAUUAAAACCAUCUCCUGAUACUUUCAAAUCCAAGUGGCGUUGUGUCACUUGUCUUAAACGUUGUAUAACUUUGCUCACUUUAAGUCUCCCAUAACUCCGUGGUUAGGGAAUGCAACCAGUACUGUCAUUACAGGGGGGUAGUCAGGUUUUUGACUUGUUGUAGGCCUGAAUGACUGCGGGUCGAAAUUUUAUUUCCACACAUCCCGAAGAAAUGCUUGUUUAUAAUUCUAUUGAUUGCACUCCUGACAAGUACGCACUGACCUCACCAUCACAUUGAGCUCUUAAGCUUUUUAGCUCACCCCAACAAUGCAUAAUUUAUUACAAGUGUUAGAGUGUUCAAAGCAGAAAUUUGUAGGCCCGGUCUAUGAGCUGGCUAAGCCCGGCCAUGCAUCAUCAUUAUCAUCAUCAUCAUCAUCAUCAUCAUCAUCAUCAUCACUAUCAUUAUCAUUAUCUUUAUCACUAAUCGUUAUCAUUAUUAGAGAGUAGUUCUGUUCUUAACAGUUCGUUCAUUUCCUGUUCACAGCCUUGCAAAGAUGGGAUUCUUAGGUCAGUAUGUUGAAUCUCAAUGGGGUUUAGCUAACUUCACUGUCCCAGCAGAACAGCCCUGUAUUUGUGCUUUUGGAUCCGGCAGCUCUGUUGUUGGUAAGUACAUUCGGUUAGCUACGGAAAGACACGGUGCAUUAAGCAGUUAAUGUUAAGCCUCAUUCAAAACAGAGAGUUUUGAUUUCAUGAGGGUCGAGUAACACGGUAAAGAACCCGCUGCCUUCCGCUCAAUUAGUUUUUUGACCAUUCAGAAAGCAAAAAGGAGACAUUGUUUGCUUGGCGCGAUGGGUACAUAGAUUUCCCGCAGUUGCAAGUUGCUUGUUCACGACCUGGUCACGUGCGAAUCCAACUCCCUAGGGACAUGGUUAGUGACUUUUUUGCGUCAAAACUGACACAUGGCACGUGACACGUUCUCGUCCAAUUGGAAAGAGGGUACCCAAUAAGUUUUUCGGGAUCCGGGUAUUGCCCUAAUAGAAACGAAAUUUUGAUUGAGAGUAUGCACGGGGUGCAGGAUAAUAGGCUGAUUUAGCAGUAGAAAGGGAACGUCAGUUGACGACGGCGCGCGCAAAUCAAAUAACUGGCUUGACUAAUGGCUGAGCGGCACCGGAAGUCGAGUGUAGUCCUUUCCGCGCGCUUGACGUUCCCGUUCUGUUGCGAAAUCAGCCUACUGAAAACGGGAAUGCGGCCUUGAGUGAAAAUUUGGGUCGGAUGACGGGACUGAAGAACCUCAUUGGGGACCGACGGAAAACACGCCUGAGUUGGGAGGUAUAACACGAACAGGGAUCAUUAAGAGCGCAAACACAAGUUGGAACAAAGAACUAACUAGCGUCAAGAAAAUUCCUUUUGUUACCUUAGUUGUUGUGAGAAAUAAUUAAUGACGAUAAUAAUAAUAAUUGAUGAUUAAUAAUCACGUUAAGUCGUUCUAACUUUUUUGAACCGAUCAUUCUUUUUUAAUUCAGUGGCAGGCUGUAACCAUCCAAUCGAUACUUGCAGAGAUUUUCAAUUUGGAUUAUGUAAAACUAAAGCAAUCUGUCUGGUCAGGCCUCUUUUGUUUUGUUUUAGUUUUAGUUUUAGUUUUGUUUGUUUUGUUUUGUUUUUUUUGCAGCCGUGUGCGUUGAUGGUACUUAUCACAAGUAUGUCUUCACGCCCGACGGUAACUGUAACCGUGAAAGAUACGAUGUGUUCCUGGAGCUGGGAGAUGACAAUGAAUUCUGAUUUUUAAAAAAAACCCUUUUCUCAUACAACAAACAUGGAGCCAGAGUAAAAAUGCAGAUUCAAUAGACUUUUUACCAAUACAGCGGCCUUAUUGAAAAUUAAUUCGAUUUAAGGAGUAUUAUGGGAUGCUCGGGGGCCAUGAGCAAGAUCCGCUGUACUCGCUUAGUAUUAGAAAUAUGGUCUUUCACUGUAUAUUUCUCGGGAAAAAGGGAUCAUUAUUACAUGUUAACACCGCACAACGAUCUUUUUGCCUUUGCAAUCUUAUUCUAAGA